UGUUACUCACUACCUAGAGUAUCCUAAGUAGACUAUGUUGGUCCUCGAGUUCCGGUCUUCUGGCCUCCAGAACUUUGACUUUCUUAGUGACGAAUUUCACCUGGCAAAAUAAAUUGUUCAACCACAAGAUACCUUGGCCAACUUAAAGCCAGUCUCUUAUACAAGCAGAUGGCAUGAGCAUCCAGCUUCCAUUCGUGGCUGACUGUUCCCAUUUUGGCUCCAGAACCUGGCUGCUAAUCACUCACUUGUUGCUAGUGAGCCCCUAUACAGUACGGAACCUCAUACAGUCUUAAUUUGCCCCCACCUACAACUGAAUUACCCAAUGCCUAUACGACUAGAUGACGAAGCAGGUGCUUCUGGACACUAUGUCCAUGAGCAGCAGCACCACCCAGUGAUCCGACUUAUCAAUGCAUUACGAAUCCACAACGUCCCUGCCAUCAAUUAUCUUAUCAUCAGUGUAUUGGGGUUCUUUCUUCUCAAGCUCACCACCCGUUAUACGGGACUUUACAUGAAAAGCUCUCUCAUCACCAUCAUAAUUACCAACUUGGUGUUGUAUGGGAUCUCAGAAACGUUGGCACAAACUCUCAUCAGCUAUAGAGGAGAUCAACCACGCAUAUCAUUCAAGAUUAACGAAGGCUAUAGCAGGUACAUGUCCUUCAAUUCAAAUGACAUAUUCGGAACCACCGACCUCAAUUCCCUUGAAGCCUAUAGAGACGAGGAAAACGAGGAGCAGGCGGUGGGAGACGAACCCAUCGAUGAUGCAGGCAUCGAAAGAUUCAUAGACUAUGUCGAAGAGGAUCAGAAUGCACCAUUGCAGGAAGAAGACUUAGUUACUACACCUAUAGUUGAACUCACAUUUUUCAAAUUCAAUAGGUUGGCAGGGUUUAUGUGCUGGGGUUUCAUCCUUGCCUUUGUUCAGUGUUGGUGGUACAAAUUCUUACAGAUUUACUCCAAGGAUCCAAAGUUCAUAGAAGUGUUGAGAAAAGUGUUGACCGAUCAACUAUGCUACUCUCCUGUGUCUUUGUUUCUCUUCUUCACGUACGGUACCAUGGUCCUCGAUAGCGGUACCUGGGAGGACACCAAGAGCAAGUUGAGUAAGAUCUAUCUCAAGACCUUAAUCAUCAACUACAGUGUGUGGUUCCCAGUCCAAUUUUUCAACUUCUUGAUUGUGCCCCGCAAUUUCCAAGUACCAUUUAGUUCAUCCGUUUCAGUGUUAUGGAAUUGUUUCUUGUCUAUGAGAAACUCAAGCAGUUAGUGUUAUUAAAG